ACUCAGAUAAAAUAUGAUUUAUUGGCGUGACGCUGAAGAUUCAUCAAAGGGCAGCGGUUACGCUACGUCGGAGCAGGACACACUGGUCAGCAUCACUCGAGCUCACGCGAAGGAAACCCCCCUCGCCUCCUGACGUCAGGCGGAUCGUUUAAAAGGCAACUUUGGAGGAAUGAGCUGCAACAGAAGGAGCAAAGAGACAGAAGAGGCAACUUACAACUAGCGCAGCGCUACCCGACGCAUCUUUCUUCUUUUAAUUUCCCACCAAAUCAAUACUUUCAAAGAUGCUCUCCACGCGUAUCCAGUGCGCACUGGCGCUCCUGUCCCUCGCGCUUGCCGUCAGCAGCGUCUCAGCAGCACCGACAGACGCCAAACUCCGCCAACUUCUGCAGAGAUCUCUCCUCAACCCGGCUGGAAAACAGGAACUCGCCAGAUACACACUUGCAGACUUGCUCUCAGACCUCGUGCAAGCAGAAAACGAGGCGCUGGAGCCCGAGGAUCUGUCUCGCGCUGUGGAGAAAGAUGAAGUGCGUCUGGAGCUCGAGCGCGCCGCCGGUCCGAUGCUGGCACCUCGCGAGCGCAAAGCCGGAUGCAAGAACUUCUUCUGGAAAACUUUCACGUCGUGUUAAUUUCUCACCGCGCACCGUUUCCUUUUGACUUAUUCUUUUUUUAUUCCUUCAUAUUUAUUUUUUUUCCGUCUUUCACGUAUUCUUCAUCAUAUCUAAACUGUAUAUAAGAAAAUAAAAGCGACUAUAUUUGUCGUUUAACAACGAUGAUAGCUCUAAUUGACUAUGUUUUUCAAGGCUGUUGAUGUGUCAUUGGAAAGAAUGUUUUGCGGAUGUAUGCGAAUCUGCUUUUAAUUGUACUUCAGCAGAUAUCACUAUUUUUAAUUGUUUGUUUGAAUAAAAUCUAUGU